GCCGCAGCAGCGGUUGCUAGCCGACAGGCUGCCGCUGCUAUCUGGCUGAGAUGUGACUGAAGCUCCGGGGAAGAGAAGCGACAGAGGCCGAAGAGAAGCGCACAUUCCCCGGUUCAGACUCCCGGUUCACUCGCUGUAGCUGCUGCUCCUCUUCCUCCUUCCCCCCCGGCCUCCCUCGGUUCAGGAUGGAGGACUCGGAGACGGAGCUGGCGGUGUCUGAGUCGGACGCUCUGGGUGCAGACUUCAUCACGGUGGAGCUGGACACGCAGCCCAUUGAGUACGUGGUGAAGUGGGCCGAGGUCGGGUCCAAGUUCACCAUCUCCUGCGUGAAGAAGGACUCGGAGGACCCGGCCGAGCUAACGGCCGAGCAGCUGAAGGUGGAGGCGGACGAGGCCUUCUUCGCCCCCUACGAGGAGGUGUUCCCCUGCGAGGUGACGGAGCAGAGCGUGGAGAUCAAGACUGACUCCGACGAGGAUGAGGAGGAGGACACGGAGGAGGAGCAGGAGUUGCCGGAGGAGGAGGCGGGCAGCAGCCAGCCAGACGGCGAGGCGGACUCGGACCUGGCCGACUUCGAACCUGACGAGCGUCAGUACCGCUGCAGCUACUGCGGGAAGAGCUACAGCCACGCCUCCAGCCUGUACCGCCACCAGCAGACGCACAGCGGCAGGGCCGCCGGGCAGGCGCCGCCUGCCAAGAGGGCGCUGGAGCCGGCGCAUCAGGAGGCCCGGUACACCUGCCCCCACUGCGGCAUGAGCUUUAAGGGCAGCAGGAUGUUGGGGAGUCACCUGCGGCUGCACGGGAAGCGGCGGAUCCACCCCUGCAACAUCUGUGGGAAGGAGUUCAACCACAGCUCCAGCCUGUCGCGUCACCGCCUCAUCCACAAGAAAGGGAAGGGCCUUCCCAAGGAAGUUGCCAUAGGCCACAACAUGGCCGCCCUGCGCCACUCGCUGAAGGCCGGUGGCAAGAACAAGAAGCCCAAGCGGCAGCAGCAGAGGCAGCAGCACGUGGUGGCAGCGGCCGUCAUGGAGAGUCAGGUGGGCGAUAAGUUCUACGCCUGCCCGCAGUGCGACAUGAGCUUCAGGACGUCCACGCAGCUGUCCAAGCAUCAGGUGACCCACGUCAAGGAGCUGCUGGACAACUAUACGCCUGGCAAGGAGAACCUCGGCGAGACCUCAUCAGACCUCAAGAUCCGCCUCAAGCUCUGCUCACGCGACAAGCCCAACUUUUAUACCCUCUGCAAGAAAAACCGCCGCCGCCGGGCAGGCCGGGUCGGCAAGCGGGGAUCCACCACCUCUGAGGAGGAACGAGGAGGUGGAGCCGGAAGAGGAGGAGCUGGAGGAGGAGGCCGCCACGGGUGCAGCCAAUGCGGGAAGCGGUUUAGCCACGCCUCCAGUUUGGCUCGGCACCAGCAGACCCACCGGGACGUCGGCGGGAGGGGGAAGCUGCAGCAGCACCACUACCAGAAGCAGCUUCACGUCAAGACUGCACUCCCCGCUAAGACCAAGACCUACACCUGUGCGGCCUGCAACAAGACCUUCAUGCACUCAUCCAGCUUCUCCCGCCACAAGAAGGCCCACUUGGAGGAGGAGCAACGGGGCCGGGCCGCCGCCGCCAAGCGCCGGAAGAGGGUUGUCCUAGACGAGACCGCUCCGCUGGAGUCCGACUCCGAGUGACGUCACCCGGCUCUGGACUGGGUUCGGACCAGUUUUUUGACCUGUUCUGGGUCGGUUCUGAAUCAGCACUGACUGGUUCUGGACUGGUUUGGGGCCAGUGCUGGAAAAGUUAUAAUUUAAAAUCGUUCUGGACCAGUUCUCCACCAGUUCUGGACCAGUUGGGGAUAGAUUCUGGGCGGCCCGUGGCAGUUUGUUUGUCCAGGUUUUGUGAACUGGAUCUGGUUGAUUCUUCUCUGGUGUAGAUAGCCGCAGGAGGCGGGGCAUCUCUAUAUAUGGUCAUACCUGGCCGUUAGCUCUUAAGGAUGUUCCCCAUGCCCUGCCCCUCCUCCCACCCAAGCCCUGCCUCUCCUCCACCUGUCUGUCAGGUUGCACAGAGUCGCUGUUCGCUUUCACUCUGCCCCCUCUACACACCAUUUCCCGUCAGCCACCUGGGGAGAGAGCUGGGAACGACUGACAUCGGCACUGCUUCUUACCAUUAUAGCACAGCACGCAGUGCAUUAUGGGAAACUGAUUCUCCGUACAACAGAUUCAUAACAAAAAUCAAAGCUGUGGAUUCAGCUGAAAACGGGUCCAGGUCUGAUCUAGUUCUGGUUUGAUCUGGGUCUGAUCCGGUUCUGGUCUGACCUGGUUCAGUUCUGAUCUAGUUCAAGUCUGAUCGGGUUCAGCUCUGAUGGCUCAUCUAGCUGUUUCUGUUCUUUGCUCCCAGAGUGAUUGUGAUUGGCUGGUUCUUGCAGCGCUCUGAUUGGUUGUUCAUAGCUUGCAGAGAGCUGAUUGGUCGAGUCGACGUUUGCAUGAACAACCUGCAGCUAGUCGGCCAUCUUUGUAGUUUCUUGGCGAUGUUGGAGGGUAAACUGCACUUCUUAUUUAUGAAUUUGGAACGAUGUAAUAUAUAAAUAUUUAAAUGUGACUCAAGAAAAAAGAAAGUGUGUCUAGUUGCCCUCGUUACCGUAGCAACAUCGUCUUCGGGCAGACUCCAGCAGACGUCCAGAUUUUCAAAGUUAAAGCCUCCUUUUAAAAAGAAUCCUGUAAAGUUAAAACUCUUUCUGAAGCAACAAAAGAAUCCAAACGUCUAAGAAGUUAUUUAAAGACUCUAACGGACGUCUUGGACCAAACCGGGACCAGGUCUUCCUCCCUGACAGGACACCCCACCCCCCACCCCUCAAGACACUUUGAGUUUGUGAAAAACAUUUUACUGUGUGAAUUGGAUUUGACUUAAUUUAAUGGUGAGCUAUUUAUAAGUGUGUGUCGGCAGCAGACUGUCGUAGAAAUACUCGGAAGAAGUCCUCCUCCCCUUUCUCUUUCUCCUCUUCCUCCUGCUCCUCCCUUUUCCUCUUCCUCCUGGUUUUUGUUCUCUUGGUUCCUUAAAGCUGCCGUUCUCUUCAUUUUGUCCACGCUGGUUUGGUUCCUCUUCAGUUGCUGGUUCCAGCUCCACCUGCAGAUAGAAGGUUGUUCGUCAUUGUGUCGUGUUUGCCAAUAGAAUAAAAACCCAGUUGACAUGUUUUGUCUUGCGUUUUGUAAUAAACCUUUAAAAAAAGA